CACGCCGCUGUGUGACAAUAGUGAGGAGGCCUCUCCCUGCUUGGACGCUAACAUGUCCGAUCCGGUCAAACCUCGGACGUCCUUCCUCAUCGACGACAUCCUGUCCAUGAAGGACCACGCCGCACAAGGAUGUCUGCGGACGGCGGACGGAUGGGAGGAAGACGCUGACAAGUUGUCAGAGUUGGUGGAGGAAACUGCCGCGUCCCUGGACAAGACCUGUCCCGGCACGUCCCGGUCCGACUGCUCCCCGGCCACGGGCAAAGCCAAGCGGUCCCGGGCGGCGUUCACACACCUGCAGGUGCUGGAGCUGGAGAAGAGGUUCAAAGAGCAGAAGUACCUGUCGGCCCCAGAGAGAGCGCACCUGGCCGGCGCCUUGCGGCUGACGGAGACGCAGGUGAAGAUCUGGUUUCAGAACCGCAGGUACAAGACCAAGAGGAAGCAGCAGGGGUCUGAGUUGUGGAAGGACGCGUACAAAGUAGACGCUCUGGACCCCACGGCUCUCAUCAGCACCUUCUGUCGGUACGGACCCUUCUUGUGGGACUACAGGGGGCCAUGGAGGCCCACCUUGUGGUGAAAGUGGGAAUAAAAUAUGACUGGCGGCUGUUAUCAUAAUAGUCUGUAUAUUAGUUCUUUUAUUGCAGAUGUGAAAGUAAACAUUACAUCUCUUUAAUAACAUUGCUGUUAUUUUAGUAUAAAUAGCAUAAUUAUGUUAAUUUACCUACUUUUUAACCACAUUUUUACCUACUUUAACCUUCUUUUUACUUACUUGUUUAAGAAGGUUUCUGGCAUAAACACUAAAGAUAACAGAGUAAAAUAUUACAAUGUGUUAUUUUAUCGCUGUUAUUAUAACAGUAUGUAUAUUUAAUGUUUUGGUACAUGAUAUAUUCGUAUAAAUAAGUUGUUUUAUUGCUGAUGUGAAAGUAAACAUUAAAUCUCUUUGAUAACAUUGAUACACAUUGUGAUUUUAGUAUAAUUAGCAUAAUUAUGUUAAUUUACCUACUUUUUAACCACAUUUUUACCUACUUUAACCUUCUUUUUACCUACUUUUUAACGUUUCUGGCAUGAACAUUGAAGAUCACAGAAUAAAAUAUUACAAUGUGUUAUUUGAUUGCUGUUAUCAUAACAGUAUGUAUAUUUAAUGUUUUGGUACAUGAUAUAUUUGUAUAAAUACGUUGUUUUAUUGCUGAUGUGAAAGUAAACAUUAAAUGUCUUUAAUAGCAUUGAUACACAUUAUUGUGAUUUUAGUAUAAUUAGCAUAAUUAUGUUAAUUUACUUACUUUUUAACCACAUUUUUACCGACUUUAACCUUCUUUUUACCUACUUUUUUAACAAGGUUUCUGGCGUAAACACUGAAGAUAACAGAGUAAAAUAUUACAAUGUGUUAUUUUAUUGCUGUUAUUAUAACAGUAUGAAUAUUUAAUGUUUUGGUACAUGAUAUAUUUGUAUAAAUACGUUGUUUUAUUGCAGAUGUGAAAGUAAACAUUAAAUGUCUUUAAUAGCAUUGAUACACAUUAUUGUGAUUUUAGUAUAAAUAGCAUAAUUAUGUUAAUUUACCUACUUUUUAACCACAUUUUUACCGACUUUAACCUUCUUGUUACCUACUUUUUUAACAAGGUUUCUGGCGUGAACAUUGAAGAUCCCAGAAUAAAGUAUUACAAUGUGUUAUUUGAUUGCUGUUAUCAUAACAGUAUGUGUAUUUAAUGUUUUGGUACAUGAUAUCUUCAUAUAAAUAAGUUGUUUUAUUGCAGAUGUGAAAGUAAACAUUACAUCUAUUUAAUAGCAUUGAUACACAUUGUUGUUAUUUUAGUAUAAAUAGCAUAAUUAUGUUAAUUUACUUACUUUUGAACCACAUUUUUACCUACUUUAACCUUCUUUUUACCUACUUUUUUAACAAGGUUUCUGGCAUAAACA